CUCUCUCUCUCUCUCUCUCUCUACUGUUUUGCAAUGUGUAUGAUUUGGUUUUGACAGUGCAAACAGAGGCUCACAACAAGCCUAGACUCUCUGUCUGCUUCUCUUCACUCUUCUUCCUCACACUUCUCUGCCCUUUUCCGUUAUAUCUCUCUCUAAAGCUUCCGUCUUUGUUUAUGCAUUUUCUGAUCUCUCUCUACAGUCUUGUCUGUGUCUCUGUCCUUUUUGUACUUAUUAGAAGCAAAUACGAACUGGAAUCUCCUCUAUCUUCUCGCAGAUCUCUAUCUCUGCCUGUAUUGGAGACUUGUUGUUAAUGGAUUGGAGUUCUAAUGGUGAUCAAAAUCGGUACUGUGGUAAUUUUAAUGCGGCAAGGGACUGCAUUUUUGGUUUCGAAGUGAUAUAGAUGAAUCCUGCGGAAUAUUGGAAAAGGAUAAACAAACUUCUUGGUUUUUGCAUGGAAAUUUGGGCAAAAGUUGAAUUAUAUAAUUCAAAGUGAUCAUUGCAAUGGGGGGGCUUUGCUCGAGGAGUUCGGCUGUAGAUAACGCUCCCGGUGGACGCUUUCCGCAUGUGAAUGGUCAUCUUAGUGCCACUGGCUUGGUUUAUCAGUCUGGUGAAUUGAAAAUAAAUAGCAAUACAAUUACAUCUCCAGUUGAGGAGAAUGUUGAAAAUAAGCAAGUAAGAGAACACAUUUCAUUUCCAGAGGUAAAUGUGGUUCCACCAUAUGGGAUGAGCGGGGAUGAUAUUGAUGAUGGUAUUCCUCGUUUGUCAAGGGCUCUAUCAAAUAAAUCUAGAUCAACCAAGUCUAAGCAGGCAACUGUUGCAAAGGUUUCAGAAGUGAGCUCACUUUUAGGCAGAGCUGGGACUGCUGGGCUUGGUAAGGCAGUGGAAGUGUUGGACACACUUGGCAGUAGCAUGACAAAUUUAAAUCUCAGCAGUGGUUUUACCUCUGGAGUGACUACGAAAGGGAAUAAAAUUUCAAUUUUGGCAUUUGAAGUUGCUAAUACAAUUGUUAAGGGAGCCAAUCUGAUGCAAUCCCUUUCAAAAGAAAAUAUUAAGCAUUUAAAAGAGGUUGUGCUUCCAUCAGAAGGGGUUCAAAAUUUAAUAUCAAGAGAUAUGGAAGAACUCUUGAGAACUGCAGCUACUGACAAGAGAGAAGAAUUGAAAGUUUUUUCUGGAGAAGUGGUACGUUUUGGUAAUCGUUGCAAAGAUCCUCAAUGGCACAACUUGGACCGUUAUUUUGAAAAGUUGGGUACAGAACUCACACCUGAGAAGCAAUUGAAGGAAGAAGCAGAUAUGGUGAUGCAGCAACUGAUGACUUUGGUUCAAUAUACAGCUGAAUUAUAUCAUGAAAUGCAUGCCUUGGACAGAUUUGAGCAAGAUUACCGGCGUAAGCUUCAAGAAGAUGAUAGCACAAAUGGUCCCCAAAGAGGUGACAGCCUUGCAAUUUUGAGGGCAGAGUUAAAGUCUCAAAGGAAGCAUGUGAAAGGUUUGAAGAAGAAAUCACUUUGGUCCAAGAUUUUGGAAGAGGUAAUGGAAAAGCUGGUAGAUAUUGUCCAUUUCUUGCAUUUGGAGAUCCAUGAAGCUUUUGGUAGUGCUGAUGGUGAUAGACCAGUAAAAGGUUCUUUGAGCAAUCACAAAAGAUUGGGCUCUGCUGGUCUUGCAUUGCAUUAUGCAAAUAUUAUCACUCAAAUUGAUACUCUGGUGUCCCGAUCAAGUUCUGUCCCUCCAAAUACAAGGGAUGCCUUGUAUCAAGGGCUUCCACCCAAUAUCAAAUCUGCUCUGCGCUCCAAAUUACAGACAUUCCAUGUAAAGGAAGAGCUUGCAGUUGCCCAAAUCAAAGCUGAAAUGGAGAAAACUUUGCAGUGGCUUGUUCCAAUUGCUAGUAACACAACCAAGGCUCAUCACGGAUUUGGUUGGGUUGGAGAAUGGGCAAAUACGGGGUCUGAGGUGAAUCGGAAACCUACUGGACAGACAGACUUGCUCAGAAUUGAGACCCUACACCAUGCAGAUAAAGAGAAGACUGAAUCUUACAUUCUUGAAUUGGUGGUUUGGCUUCACCAUCUUGUGAGCAAAGCAAGGGCAAACAAUGGUGGAAUCAGAUCUCCAGUAAAAUCUCCAAUUCGAUCACCCAAUCAGAAGAUGAUUCAGUUAUCUACCGACAAGCCGAACUCUUCAUCCCCCAUGCUGACAGUUGAAGAUCAAGAGAUGCUUCGAGAUGUGAGCAAGAGGAAAAAGACACCUGGGAUAAGCAAGAGUCAGGAAUUUGAUACUGCAAAAACCAGGUUAAGCAAACACCAUAGGCUGAGCAAGAGUAGUAGCCACUCACCAAUGAGUGAAAGUAAAAAAGAUCCUUUCCCUAUAAGGAGGCUCUCAUCUGUGCCUGUCUUCGACUUUGACAUAGACCGAAUUAAAGCUAUGGAUGUUAUUGAUCGAGUGGACACAAUUAGAAGUUCAUGCCAAUCAUGAUUUUGAGGCCAAGAAAGAGGCUUGUGCUUGUGGAGAACGAUCCCAUCUGAUGCAAUGGUUUCUGGUGGGGGAGAUUUUAUGUCUGUUACUGGGCUUAUGAUGAGUGGUGCAAGUCAUUGUUUUUUUGUAUGUUAGAAUUUAAGGUGAUAAAUGUUUUGCUUAAGGGAAAUUAAUUGUUCUGGAAAAUAUCAGGCUAUAGUUUCUGCUUAGUCCUAUGUGUACAGAAUGCUUGAAUGAUUUUAUAAUAAUUUAAAGUUCAAAUUUUUUUC